GAACAAAAUUGCACUAUAUAAGCACUAAGCACUAUAAGAACUAAGUUUUAAUAACAAUUGUAUUUGGUUAAAGAAUUCCCAUGAUAAUAAGUUAAUAACGUAAAUAAAUAAUGUAUAUCAGAGAUAAUAUUCAUAACCCUCUACUUCUUGUUUCAUAUACAUCGUGCCUUGGACAUAAUAAGAGGUAAACUUCUGAAACUCAAAAAUCACGCCAAGUCAAAUCCAUACACAAGUUUAUGGAACAUCGCGAAACUCGUAUCGAAAGGAAUUCUCAGUCGGUCGCCACGCAAGGGUCCAAGCGGCGGGGGAGAAAUCAUGAUACCCCGACGCCUCCGCCAACACCCACGGAACACGUGGAGCCGAGUCCCCUGUCAGCUGGUCUACCGGUGUUUAACAGCGAGGACACGUUAAGUUUACCAAGCUGUUUUAAUGUCCCUGUGAGUUCCAACAAAAAGUUGGACAUAGGGGGUGACAUGGAAGUCAGGGACUUCGGGAAACAUCGGGAACAUUCGGUGAGCUUGCCGACAGAGAUGAGUGCUUCCAGUGUCCCGACUGAUAACUACGAGGAUAUCAUACGGACUCCAAGUUUCUCAGAGCUGCAGGUAAAGAACGAAACUCUGAUGGAAGAAAUCAAACAAUUGAAACAUCUCCUUGCCGCAUCACCAGACGAGAAAUUACAAGAAAUCCACCGACUUCGAGAAGAAUUAAAAAACCUGAAACAUAGCUGCCACCAUUGCGAACAGGAAAACCAGUCUUUAAGUCUAGAAACAGAGACGCUGAAGCAACAGUUGAGGGCGACCGCAGAGCAAUGUAGGGCGUUGGUUAUUCAGCUAGAGAGGAAGGGAGCAACUGGGGACUCAAAGAAACAAAAGGAAGACGUUGUUGAAAAGGAAAGACAGCGCUAUGAAAGUGAAAUUGCCAAUCUGCGAAAUCAGUUAACUGAGGUUGUACAGGCAAAUAUGAAGUGGCAAGUAUAUAACUCCCAGAGGGAUGCGUUUGUCGUCACGCUUCAGAGGCAAAUAUCCAACUUAAAAUGUCAAGUUGACCGAUCCAAACAGUCGCCAGUAGGUGAACUUAACGAGGACACGCAGAGAGAAAUUGAUAAAAUACUCAUCUCAACGAAAGAGAAAGUGAAUGCGAUUCAGGAGGAAAAAGAAGCGCUUGAAGACGAACUACGAAAGUUCAAGCUGUUAUGUAACCAAAAAGAACAAAGAAUCGCAGAACUGGAGGAACAGGUGCGCCACCUAUCGAGCAACGCUUCCAGAGCUGAAGAUGACAUCACAGAGAUGCUGAAACAGCAGAUUCGGCUGUGUACCGAAGAUUUCGAGGCGGAGAGACGAGAUCGUGAACUCGCACAGUCCAAGAUCUCAGAUUUGGAGACACAGUUGGAAUUACUGAAACGCCAGCUUGACAUGUAUGAAAAUUCAGCAGCAACGGCUAUGGCCAACCAACGAGAGGCUGCGCUGAUUAACUACAAACAGAAAUAUUACGGAAACCAGACACCAUACGGGCUACGUAGCCGAGGGCCAAGUGGGGAGACCUGCUGGGGCCGCACUGUCCCAGACACCGGGGAUUUAGAAGAAGAUUGUGACGUCAUUGAUGGUCCAGCGGCCACAGGCAGUGUCUCCCAAAAACUGGACGAAAAUCUCAAGCAGCACGAGUUAAACCAAUCAGAAGAUCCCGCUAUAUCACAUAGCUGUGACGUCGGCGGUGUUGCUGACGAGAGACUUGAUUCUGAAGCAGAGCUCCAACUUGCGAUUGAGAGAAGUAAACAAGACGUUGGUGGUUUUGGUUUGAGGACUGAAGUGAGUGAAGGGCUUCGAUGCCCAACGUGCCACAAGUAUUUCGAUGCCGCAAGUCAUCUAGACCUGCUAGAACACAUGGAUGAGUGCUCGUCUUGAGAAUCCACAACCUCCAAACAUUGAACUUAGUUUUCACACACACACACACACACACUUACAUAUAUAUAUAUAUAUAUACUGUAGAAAGAGAGAGAGAGGUCUAAUAUUAAGAAUGAACGAAGUAAAAAACGAAUCAUGUGUUUGGAGGUUGCACUGUCAUAAUUGAUAACUGUGUGGCUAUUUCCGUCAAUGUGAAGUGAAAACAUAAUCCUUGCGCCAGUCGCGUGUCAAAUUAAGUCUGUGAUAAAAAAAACUUUAAUUACAAAGCGCAAAUCAAAUGCACAUUUACACCUGUAUAUCAAGUCAAAGACAGCAGGAUAUGCAAAAGGAAAUUUACCGUGUCAUUUUAAUCACUAUUGUAUUGUUUUCUGCCCUUUAGUUCCUAACUGUAAUGUAUUCUAGUCCAGUACAUCACUUCAGUGGUGAGUGAGUGAGUGGGAAAACAAUGUCAACGACAAUGAAACAAUGGAUUCUCACCACAUCAAACUGUACAAAUUCCAUAAGAUAAUUAUUUAAUUUAUAUUCAUCUAUCGUUCCUAUUGACGUGCUAUUUCAAUUUACUUCUAGUGCAGCUUUUUUAUAAUCCAUAUCUUAAUGUAAGUAAGAUUUAUUUGUAUAUUUUAUUGUAUAUAUAAUUAUAUUUUUCUACUGGUUUAUAUUGUAUUUAUGUGUGCUGUGCUUAUACAUGUAUGACUUAGUUUUCCAUAUCUUUACAACUUACAUACUGACAUUUAAAAUGGGAUUUUUUUUCCAAAUCGUUUCUCUUUGAUUUUUUUCCCACUUUUCCUGCAUAGGCAUACCUGGACCAGCCCAGUUAGUACUACUCAAUUAAUCGCCAAACAUUUAUGUAAUUAAGAUGUAUUGUAUGAUCUUAUUACAUGCAACAUUUUAUAAAAUUUUGUCUUCGUUCCAAGAACUUCUGCUGGUCAGGGGAUUUGGCACAAGACUUCUGCCUAAAAAAAGGCAAAUAAAAAUGUGCUAUUUUUAUGAUGUUCCUGAUAAACCAGUGAAUUGUUUUGCUUUCAUUUUAAUGCUUACACUCAAGGAGAGCAUUCACAACCAAUUUGGUCCGCGGACUAACUAGUAUGGCGCUUUUGAAAGCAAGCCGCAUAAGUCUGCAGAUCAAUUUGUUGUGAAUGCUCCUUAAGAAAGUUCCCUGUGCUAUCUGUUGGCACAGGUGUCAAUCAUUGUGUGUGCCUUUCUGCGCAGUUCGGUAUCGUUCUAUAGUUAUUACGUCGAGUUUCUUUUAGUUUGCGGCGCUGAGAUAAAACAGUCCCAAAGUAUAAAAAAGAUAUCGAGAGUCAAAGUUUUGUUACUAUUUUUAAGGUCUUGUGGAAGUAACUGGCAGGAAUUCUAUUAUACCGGUACGUUUUUCUGCCCAGAUUUCUACACUGUAUUUAAGGGGAUUCCCCUAAUGCGGCAAACUAUAAAUAGGCCGUGUCUAAAAUCGCGCUUAUAACGUGGUAAACAAGGUGUGACGGACUCGUGAUAAACAAGGUGCUUGACCUGUUUCUAAGACAUUCUGCGCUUUUUAUGUCAAAUCUUGAUCAACAAGGUACUAAACAAGGUCAAUCAUCAUUACUGCACCCUCUGCGCCGACUGUGACUGCUAUAGCAAUGUUUUUAAUACGUAUAUCUUAAAACGCAAAUGAUGGCGUCAAGUACAGCUGUAUAUACCUGUAUUGCCUUAAAAUGUAGGCUAUGUUAGAUAACACUUUCU